UGCCUGUGUUGUUCACCUCAUUCCACCUCUCCACUCCACUCCCACUGAAGCAGCGGCGCAAGAAGAAGAAGAAGAAGAAGCUAGAGGACAUGGCGGCGCAGAGAGCUCUCUUCGCGAGCUUCCUGCUCGCCGCAUUGGCCACCCAGGCCUUCGUCGCCGUCUCGGCCAGGAGCGUCCCGACGGACAAGGCAAGCCAAGAUGACGUGAAGAAGCCGGACUGCGUGCCGUCCCUCGACCCGCACAACUUCCCCGGCCACGGCGGCACCACCGUGCCGCUUCCUUCGCACGGAGGCUCAUCCGGCACCCCGCCUUACCACGGAGGCUCCGGCACCACGCCGUCGCACGGCGGCUCCGGCUCGACUCCCUCGCACAGCGGCUCCGGGUCGGUGCCUGACCCGUCGCACGGCGGUUCCGGCUCGACUCCCUCGCACAGUGGCUCCGGGUCGGUGCCUGACCCGUCGCACGGGGGCUCUGGUUCGUUGCCUGACCCGUCGCACAGCGGAGGAGGUUACGGGUCCACUCCGGAUGCGCCGUCACACAGCGGAGGCGCCUACGGGAGCUCCCCGACGCCUUCCACUGGCGGUGCCUACGGCAGCUCACCUACGCCGUCCCACGACGGAGGCGCAUACGGCAGCUCACCCACGCCGUCCCACGACGGAGGCGCAUACGGGAGCUCCCCGACGCCGGCCCACGACGGAGGCUCCUACAGCGGAACUCCGGCUGCACCGUCGCACAGCAGCCACGGGUCUGUGACACCGACGCCGCUCAUCCCAGUCGACCCCAACAGCCUCGGGACAUGCGACUACUGGAGGACGCACCCGAUGCAGAUAUGGUCGGCACUGGGGAGCUGGCCGAGCUCGGUGAGCCACUUCUUCGGCGCAGCCGGUGGCGCGGUCGCCGGCGGGCCCAGCGUGAGCAUCCAAGACGCACUGGCGAACACGAGGACCGACGGCGCCGGCGCGCUGCUGCGUGAGGGCACCGCCGCGCUGCUCAACUCCAUGACCCGCCCGGGGUUCGCCUACACCACCCAGCAGGUGAGGGAUGCGUUCGCGGCGGCCGCGGCCGGUGGCUCCGACAGCGCCGCCGCGGCGCAGGCGGCCGCGUUCAAGAAGGCCAAUGAGGGGAGGAAGGCGUAGAUCAACCGGAUCGCCGUCGAGAGGGCUUUAAUUUAGCUAGCUGGCUGCCUAUAUCUGUGGCAUGCGUGCGUUUAGGCCGGACGGACGUGUGCGUUGCGUUUUGGUUGUUUCAUUUGAGUUCGUGGUUUGGUUGUGUACGUUGGUGUCUUCAUGGGCUAGCUUCGAUCUAUCGUACUAUGUGUGUUGUAAUGAAUCUCGUUUAAGUUUUUUGCAGUUCCGUACCCUGUCAAAUUGGAUGGAAUAUAUAAAGCGAACUAGUAUUCCUGGCUCGGGGCCGGGUUUCCUUGGA